AUGCCACGUCUCCUGUACGUCACACCAGAACGCAUUGUCAAGUCCAAGACGCUCUUAGCCACAUUGCAGCGCGUGUAUGAAGCAGGUCGUUUGGAGCGAAUCGUUGUUGAUGAAGCCCAUUGCUGCAGCAUGAUGGGCCACGACUACCGCCCUGACUACCAUAAGCUGUCUAUCUGUCGACGCCUCUUUCCCGAGACGCCGAUGAUGGGUCUUACGGCCACGCUCAGUGCUCAGGCUUUGUGUGAUGUACUCCAGAUCCUAGGCAUGCGUGACUCGACGACACAACCUACUGAGGCUUUACCACGCCGCACCGUGUACUUCCGUGCACCACUGAGCCGUCCGAAUCUCAAGUAUAGCGUGCGUAUGCGGCCGACAAAUGCACUGGCGACUCAGCAGAUGGUCACGUCCUACAUUCUCCAGCACCAUGCCGAGCAUUCAGGCAUUGUGUACUGUCUAAGUCGGAAAGACACACAUACUAUGUCUGAGGCACUUACGCAGCUUAGUCAUGGCCAAAUCCUCACAGGCGUGUACCAUUCGGACUUGGACGAAGUGGAAAAGCAUCGUGUUCAUACCAUGUGGCGGACGGGAGAAAUCAAGGUCGUCUGUGCGACGAUCGCAUUCGGCAUGGGAAUCGACAAAGGCGACGUGCGUUUUGUUGUGCAUGCAUGCAUAUCUAAAUCUUUGGAAGGUUACUAUCAAGAGACAGGACGUGCCGGCCGCGAUGGACUCCCAGCUGAUUGUGUUUUAUUGUACCGACCUGGCGAUCUUAGCAGACUAAGUGCCAUGACAGCCAGCGAAGUCGGUGCACUUGAUAAGUGUACGUAUAUCGUUUUGCGUUUCUCGUAUUCUGGCACUUGCAUGCUGACCUCUACUUUGCGCUACGACAGUACAUGCCAUGCUAUCUUAUGCACAGUCUCCGAAUUGCCGUCAGUGCGUGCUGGCCGCGUACUUUGA